UCGUCAACGUUCACACCCAAUGCCUUAUCCAGACCCAUGGUGCGUACCUUACAUAGAGCGUGCGGGUUUCGGUCAUGUAAUGCAUGUCGUAAAUGCCACCAUUGAUGCCAAAUUCAUUUUGGCUCUGUGUGAACGUUGGAGACCUGAGACACACACCUUUCACCUACCAACUGGUGAAUGUACCGUCACAUUAGAGGACGUGUACAUGCUUUUAGGUCUUAGAAUAGAUGGUAAGCCUGUCACCGGAAAUGUUCAACAGCCUAACCAAAUAUGUGUUCAAAUGUUGGGGGUAGAUCUGGUCGAGGGUGAGGGGUCUGCCAAAGCAAGGGGUCAGGGUAUUAAAUUAUCUAGCCUACAAUUGUACCACGACUCCAUAACUUUGACUGAGGAAUCCUCCGAACAAGAAAAAGUCAUAAAAACCCGGGUUUACAUUAUGCUAUUGUUUGGGAACUUGCUAUUUCCCGAAGGGACGGGAAAUAGCAUAAAUUUUAUGUACUUGAGUUUGCUCGGGGACAUUGAUAGAAUAAGCACAUAUAGUUGGGGUUCUGCAGUGUUAGCAUUCCUAUAUAGCUCUUUGUGUAAAAAUGCACAAAAUGAGCACUGUACAUUUUCCGGAUGUGCUUUUUUGCUUCAAACAUGGGGGUGGUGGAGAUUGCCGAGGCUAGCCCCAGAAAAUCCUAAUGACUACUCCUUCCCCUACGCAACUAGGUUCAUUACAACCGGUCUGGAUUACAGUCUUACCCCCAAAAAUAAAAUUAUAUUUUAUCGUCAACUGUUGGAUCGUCUCCGAGCACAGGAUGUAUUACCACUAAAUCACUCAACUUCUAACUGAUUUUUUAAUGUCAUGCAUUCUCGAUAAAUAACAUAUUUACUUUUUUCUUUGCAGUUUAUUUGGAGGCCAUAUUUGGGAUUGGAACAUCAACCCAACCCCGAAGAUGCAGCUGUUUGGACAGCAAAAACGGCCAUAAUGCGGUUCACCACUGUGGAGAUGCACCAAAGUGACCGUGUCAAGCUUCAAUUCGGAAUGCAUCAAGACAUCCCAGG